CAGAAGCGUGAAAGGGAGGAGCCAUGUGAUGUGUGUGGCCACUACCACGACUACUACGGCGGCGAGCCCUGCGCCAUCUGCGGCCACCGCCUGGAGAUGCCGGCGGGGUGCGCCGCGGGCGCUGCGCCUCUGCCCGCCGUCAAGCCGCCCAGCGCUUUCCCUUCCGAGAUCGUGCCCGGCUUCCUCUUCCUGGGCAGCUACGACCACGCCUCGCGCCACGAAAUCCUCAAGACGCUGGGCAUAGGCAACAUCCUGAACACGGUGCCCAGCUGCCAGGCGCUGUACAAGAACUCCUUCACCUACCACACAGUGUCCGCCAGCCCGCCGCCACUGGACGAGUGCUACUGCUUCCUAGACGAGGUGCAGCGGCAGGGCGGCAAGGUGCUGGUGCACUGCAUGAGCGGGCUGUCUCGCUCCGCGGUGGUGGUCAUCUAUUACCUCAUGCGGCGCAACACCUGGCGCCUCAGCGAGGCCUACCACUGGGUCAAGGACCGGCGGCCGCAGAUAGCCAUCACA